AUGACAGAUAAUCCUCAAUUAGAUUCGAUGGCUCCUCCGUGCGAUUCAAUCGACUUCGCUACCAAAGAUAGCCUUCCUUUGGAUGAAAAACUUACAGAUGACCAAUCGAAUGAAGCUCCCACAUCACCUUCCUCCUCGAAACCUCCUUCUCUACCAUCUCUCCGUGCCGCAUCAGAUCCCGAAGGAAUAUCGACCAUGACAGCAUCUUCUACCCCUCUUGGAAUGUUGGCAAAUGCCAGACGACCAAGACCUGGUCCGUCGAUACCGGGGUCUAGAUCUUCACAACCAGGAAGACAAGCUGGUGGUGCAUUACCGACUUCAAUGGCAGAAAAAAUGAAAGCAUUCCACGCAUCAAGACAAGGCACUCCAAGUCCACGGCCCCAAAUGCCUGCUACAGUUUCAACACCUGGGAUGCCAGGUUCGCCUGUUGUAGAUGGUUUGCCUGGAAAAUUACAGUUACCGCCGAAUAUGCGACCUCCACCACAAACCUUUGCUUCUGCUCCGGCAGUUCCGAAAAUGAAGAUGGGUGGUGGAUUAAGUGCAAGAAGAGGAAUGAAAUUACCUGGUGGUUUACCUCCCGCCCCGGCUGCCGCACCAGGUUCGGAAUCAAAUGGUGCACCAGAUACUUCGAAUGGGGGGUCUAUGUUUAAUCAAUUUGCAAAAUAUGUCGAUACAAAAAAUGGCACAUUGAAAUUUGCCGGCAAAGCAGUUAUUCAUGGAAAUGGUAUUGACUUUGCGAAUGGAACCAAUUUCAAUAUAUCAUUGGACGAGGUUGACACGCUGGAAGAACUGGGUAAAGGUAACUACGGGACCGUUUAUAAAGUUCGGCAUGCAAGACCACGAAUGCGCAAACCAGGGUUGGGUCUAGCGGGAAAUAAAUCCCCAUCUGCAAUGGACGUCGAUGAUAGUGAAGUCAAACCAACAGGGGAUACCACCGGCGUGGUAAUGGCAAUGAAGGAACUUCGUCUAGAACUUGAUGAGGCCAAAUUUGCCGCCAUCAUUAUGGAAUUGGAUAUUCUUCAUAGAUGUCUGAGUCCAUACAUUAUUGACUUUUACGGUGCAUUUUUCCAGGAAGGUGCAGUGUAUAUCUGUAUCGAAUUUAUGGAUGGUGGAUCGAUCGAUAAACUCUAUGGAGAUGGUAUUCCCGAAAACGUCCUAAGAAAAAUCACAUAUGCCACCACUCAAGGUUUAAAGACCCUUAAAGAUGAGCAUAACAUUAUUCAUCGGGAUGUUAAACCAACGAAUAUUCUUGUAAAUACCAAAGGACAGGUCAAAAUUUGUGACUUUGGAGUGUCAGGAAAUUUGGUUGCUAGUAUUGCGAAAACAAAUAUUGGAUGUCAAUCAUAUAUGGCACCAGAAAGAAUUUCUGGUGGUGGAAUUUCACAAGCUGGUGCAAAUCCUGGGGGUGGAACGUAUAGUGUACAAAGUGAUAUUUGGUCUUUGGGAUUAAGUGUUAUUGAAUGUGCAAUGGGAAGAUAUCCAUAUCCACCUGAGACGUACAAUAAUAUCUUUUCACAGUUAAGUGCUAUUGUUGACGGUGAACCACCUGACCUUCCAGAAGAAGGUUUCUCUCCAAUCGCACGCAAUUUCGUUCGUGGUUGUCUGAACAAAAUUCCAAAACUGCGUCCUACAUAUAGUGAUUUACUUCAACAUCCAUGGCUCGCCGACCUCUCGAAACCAAGCACAAUUUCGGAAGAGGAUGAAGAUGAAGAUAAUGUUGACAUGGAAGGCUUGAACCUGGAGGAUGGAGUAGAACAGGAUAAAUCAAAUGGGAUCCUGACAGGAACCGAAGAUUCAGAAGUCGCAGAGUGGGUGAAGAAUGCCAUUGAGAGGAAAAAGCAGGGUUUGAUGGGUACUCAUGCUCAACCGGCAUUACAUAAAGCCCCGUUGGAUACGGUUAGUCCAUUACCGAGUCCUAGUUAA